CGAGAGCAGGACCUGCUUGGUUCUGCUGCAAAACAUCUGCUGGCAGUCGCAACAGAACCCGUCUGGCCGUCUGACGGCUGUUCAUCUCCUCAACACCCGCAUCUGCGUUUACUCCAACUCUAAAAGUGAAAAUGGACCUACAAGUUGAAUCUCGGCAACCAGAAAUCACCUCAGCUGAAACUGAACGCCCCCCCAGAAUGACCAGAACCCAGACUCUCACUUUAAUAUCCAUGGCAUCUGUCAACUUCAGCUCCAUGAUCUGCUACUCCAUAUUAGGCCCUUUUUUCCCCAACGAGGCAGUGAAGAAGGGAGCCAGUCAGACCGUGGUCGGUCUCAUAUUUGGAUCCUAUGCCGUCUUCAAUUUAAUUGCUGCUUUGGUUUUGGGAAAAUAUAUUGUCCAAAUUGGCUCAAAGUUCUUGCUAAUUGCAGGACUUUUUGUGUCGUCAGGCUGCACCAUAAUGUUUGGACUGCUGGACCGGGUUCCCGCGGGAGCUCCGUUCAUCGCGCUGUGUUUCAUAGUCCGGUCUGUGGACGCUGUGGGCUUCGCCGCUGCCAUGACCUCCACUUUUGCCAUGACAGCAAAAAUAUUCCCAAACAAUGUGGCGACUGUUUUGGGCAGUCUGGAGAUUUUCACUGGGCUCGGGCUGAUCCUGGGCCCCCCGGUGGGGGGCUGGUUCUACCACUCUUUUGGAUAUGAAGUUCCCUUUCUGCUUCUGGGGUGUUUGCUGUUGAUCAUGGUUCCUUUCAACUUUUUCAUCCUGCCAUCUAUUGAGGCAACUCCAUCGAAGGAUUCGUUCUUUAAACUUCUCAGCCACCCGAAGGUUAUCCUGAUUUGCUUUGUGACGUUCACACUCAGUUCAGGUCUCGGCUUCUUCGAUGCAACGUUGUCGCUGUUUGCAAUCCAAACGUUUAAUCUCUCAUCUGGGUACGUGGGACUCAUCAUGAUCGGCCUGUCUUUACCAUACUGUCUGGCGUCGCCCCUGAUUGGUUAUUUCACAGAUAAAUAUCCUAAUUCCAGGAUCGGAUUUAUGGUGACGGGAGGAAUCAUCACGGCCUCUGGGUUCUGUCUCGUUGGCCCCGCCCCUUUCCUCCAACUCCCAAGUCAGCUGUGGGGGCUGGUGUUCGUGCUCGGCCUGAUCGGGUUUUCUCUGGGCAUGACCGCCAUCCCGACCUUCCCCGAGAUCAUCAUCUGCGCGCAGGAGAAGGGCUUGGACGACGGCCUCAGCACCCUGGGGAUGGUCUCCGGCCUGUUCGGAGCCUUCUGGUCCAUGGGGAUGUUUUACGGCCCGACGGUGGGCGGACUCAUCACGCAGCAUCUCAGCUUCCAGUGGGCGGCCACGGUCCAGGGAGGCAUGUGCUUUCUGGCCACUUUCCUCCUCGCGAUUUACUCCCUGUGUUGUUCGAGACGGCAAAGGGAGCCGGCAGGUCGACGGCCGUCGGAUGAGAGCACUCCCCUGCUGACCGGAUGACGAGGGAGAAGGACGACGGCGGCUUCACCCACUCGUGGAAACACCUUUGUCAUGAUGGUACUGUGUUUUCACGAGAGAAAAAGAAAGCACUGAGUGCAGUGACAACAAAUGAGUAUGUUGGUGCAUCCUUGAGGGUCCAGAUCACAACUCACAUGAGACUUUUAAAUAUUAGCAGCGUCUUGGAUUUCACGCUGACGUUGACCACCAGAUGUUUUAAGCAGCUCCAACCUGAGAAACUGUGAACACUGAUCUCACUCUCUUCCUUUAACCCGGGGGUCGGCAACCCACGGCUUUUAGCGCCGCCCUAGUGGCUCCUGGAGCUUUUUCAAAAAUGUUUGGCCUUUUUUUCCUUUUUUUCUUCUUUUUUUUCUCUUUAUUUUCUCUUUAUUUCCUUUUUUAUUUUUUUUCCUUCUUUUUUUCAUUUUUUCUAUUUUCCUUUUUAAUCUCGACAUUUCGACUUUUUUCUCGAAAUGUUGACUUUUUUCUCGACAUUUCGACUUUUUUCUCAACAUUUCGACUUUUUCCUCGACAUUCCUCCUUUCACCAUUUGCCUUCAUUGUAAGGUUUAUACAAGACUUUUCAUUAUUUGCGGUUCCAGACAUAUUUGUUUUUUGUGUUUUUGGUCCAAUAUGGCUCUAAAACAUUUUGGGUUGCCGACCCCCACUUUAACCGUUUACAGAUUUCAGAUGUAAAUAUAUAGAAAAAAAAUAAAAGAAACUGACGCGAUCCUUGUGGACUCUGUGUUUGUUAGCGACAGAUGUGACAGAACCGGAUGUUAUAUGCGACACAUUGUUAAAUAAUAUUAUUCUAUUACAGUACGUGAUAUCUUCUUAAAUCAACUUAUAUAACACUAAUAAGUAAGACGUGUGCAUUAAUCAAGUUAAAAUUUAUCAAAAUGAUUUAAUGUUAAUGACAUAAUCUCUUUAC